AUGCCAAAUUCAUCAAGUAAUUCACAACCAGCAAAUACUGGCAGCGAGACGGCGUCCACAUCCUAUGUUGCCUGUGAGUUUUUUUUAUCAUCAUCAAUUUUUCGCCCUGCCUCGUUAUCAUAAUAAUAGUUUACAUUCGACAAAAAUUGUAUCAAAUGUUGCCUAUUGCAGAUCCAGAAAUGAGUGCGGAGCAAGAGUAUUUCUUGUACGAGUUGGAGACGACGGAUAGUGGAAGUAUGGGAUUGGUUUUGCGCGCGAUUUAUGAUACGGGAGAUGUGCAAAAGUUUGCCAGAGCUUUGCAACAAAGAAUUAGUCAUUAUGACAAGAAUAUUCAAAAGGUUUGUUUUUGACUUACACAAAGAUUUUGACAAAAAUUAUCUGUUUUCUAAAUUAUUCAGAGCUCAUUUUGAACUAUUAAAGGUGGAAUCUGAUGUGAGCAAAAAUAAGUUAUGCUUUGAAAGAGCAUAUUCUAAUUAGUAGAAUGCUCGAAGGAUUUUUUGAUGAGUUCAGAUUUACAACAAGAUUGUAAAAUGAAAAAAACUGAUUCAUAAUUUGGAAAAAAAUCUCACCACUAUCAUUUUUUGCUUCCACGUUUCAACCUAAUUUCAGAAAAAAUUCUCUGAGCAAUAAAUAAAUUUUGCUCAUUUGAAACAGCAUUUAGUACAAUCCUCCAGGAUUUUUUUCUGAAAGCUUCUCAAAAAUUAGUUUAAAAAUUUCAAAACACAGUAAAACACUUACAAGUCCAGCAAUUUUGUGUUGCCUUUAACUGAAUAAAAACAUUUCUUUGCAGGUUUGCUCAUUCCACUAUCAAAGUUUUGUUGACGCAAUGCAAGAAUUGAUGUCACUAAAAGAACAAUGUCAAAUGAUCAAAAAAGACAGUUUAUCAAUCGAUGAAGAAGUUCAAGAAGCAUCCGAGCGACUUUGCCAAAAGAAGCAAGAAAUAGUCAGAUAUCGUAAAUUGAUGAAAAAUGCGAAAACCGCAAUGGAUCAGAUUUCAGUCUGUUUGCCAGUUCUUGAAAACUAUGCGAAACUUCAAGAGCAAAUGAAUAAUCGCAAAUAUUAUCAAGCGCUAAAAGUUUUGGAAGAGCUGGAACAUACACAUUUGGCGUUGGUGGAGAAAUAUCGAUUCACACAGGUUUUGGCGAAAAGUAUGGCGCCUGUUAGAUUGGAGAUUAAGGAAAAAGCAUAUUCGGAAUUUAAAGAUUUCUUGGAGAAUAUUAAGAAGGUUGCGGGGAGAAUUGGAAAACAUGCUAGCAAAUGUGUAAGUUCUAAAAAAGAUUUUUUUGUUAGAGUUCCUAGAUUAAUUUGCAGACUGCUGAGCAGCAUUCGUUUGGUGUCACUGACGCGGAUCGCGCUAAACGUCUCCAAGAAGAAGCAAGAAAGUGAGUUGCUCGAACUUUUACACAUACAUUACUAUAUAUUUCUAGAAACGCGAGUAGUGUUGAAAUCGAAGUUUCCGCCGAUGGAAGUAUUGUCAAAAAGCAAAUGUCACCCAAAAAGCAAUAUUCGCAAGAAACAACUGAGGACGAUGAGCAACUGUCUGCACAAGAUCUGAUCGAUUUCACACCGGUUCAUAGAUGUUGCCAAAUUUUCAAUGUUCUUGGCGCCAAGGAAGAAUUUGAAAAAUAUUAUCGUCAACAAAGAGAAGAUCAAUCGAAUUUGGUGAUUGAACCGGUUCAAAAAAUGAACUCUUUCAAACAUUAUGUUGAGUAUCUUGAUGAAAUUGUUGGAUUUUUCGUUGUCGAAGAUCAUAUUUUGCUGACCGAGUCGAGUUUAGCCAAUCCAGCUUAUAAGGAUAAAUUGUGGGAGAAUGCGUUGCAGAAAAUUCGACAAACUUUAGAUGCAAGAUUCGUAAGUUUUCUAGUUACCUUCAAAUGCAUUUAAAUUUUUUCAGGGAGGCUGCCCGGAUGUUGAAAUGAUGUUGCGAAUGAAAAAAGUGAUAUUAUUGUUCAUCCUCACCAUGAAAUCGUAUGGCUACACUGUAGCCCCACUUUAUGAGCUUCUUCAAAACUUUCGCGAUCAAUACAAUGAGAUUCUUGUUAAAGAAUAUUGUGCGCAAUUCGAAAGAGACUUGGAGCGCGAUAAUUAUACGCCGAUUUCGGUGAAUAGUGAAGAGGAAUUUCGAACUGUCAUCAAACAAUUCCCAUUCUACAAGAGAAGUAUGGAACAAGAAGGGUUUCCGAGACGAUUUGCGUUCUCGAAAUUUGUCAUCUCUGCGUAUACACAAUCGAAACAAUAUCUUAUUGGUUGUUUGAAGUUUAUGGAUAAUUUGCAGUUGAAUAAUUCGGCCGUUGAUGAUACUGUUAGAAGGUGAGAUUUUGAAAAGAGUUCUGGAAUUUAUUUCAGAUGUUGAUUGAUCUCUUUUUUUCCAGAUGUGCAAAUGUUUUGCUUGGAAGAUGGGCUGGAAUUUUGAAAUCCUUUGUCCACAAACGUAUCUCAUUAAUUCAACUUGUCCAAAUCACAAUCAACCUCGGCUACCUUGAAAAAUCAUGUGAAUCGCUCGGAACUUUUAUCACCAGCAAAACCAGCGGAGAAGAAGCGAUUGGAACAACAUCUCAUCAGGUUGUAUUAUCCGAAAGAGUGUUCCGUGAUGCAAGAAGUGAGGUCGAACAACAAAUUGAUGAAUGCAUCCAAAGUAAAGUUGAUGAGAUAAUUGAGUUGUCCAAUUAUGAUUGGGAAUUGCCAGCGUCAUCUGGACAAGCAUCGGAUUUCAUCUCGGAUUUGAUCAACUUUUUGCAAACCACUUUCACAUCAUUCACCAAUUUGCCAUCCGGUUUGGCAAAACAUGUUUGCACGCAGGUAUGUCAUUUUUUUCUUCAAAUUCAUUUUUGAAAUUAUUCAAAUAAUGUUUAGACAUGCAAGCACAUUUCCCAAACACUUAUGGAUCUUUUAUUGUCAUCUGACACAAAAUGCAUCUCAACUGGCGCUUUGGAUCAAUUCUCAUUGGAUGUUAUGCAGUGUGAAAUGUUCACUUCAAGAUGCCCAGUAGCCGGAGUCGAUCCAUUGACCUUAUCAAUGACUUUUGCUGACUUACGGUGAGUAAAUAGAGUAAAGAUGAAAAAAGAUGAUGGUUGAGAUUUCAGACAAUUGCUUGAUUUAGUAAUGUCGGCUGAUUGGACAACUUUCAAUGCUGAAUAUGGAAAAGAUCAUGCCAAAUAUAUUCGUGUCAAGGCUUCGACAGCUAUUGUUGUUUUGGAGAAGUGAGUUCAGCUUUCUAAAUUGGCCAGAAGAUUGUAAAAUGAAAAAACUGAUUGAUAAUUUGAAAAAAAAUCUCACCACCAUCGAUUUUUUGCUUCCACGUUUCAACAUAAUUUCAGAAAAAUUCUGAAGGUGGAGUCUGUGCAAAAAUAAAUUGUGCUUAUUUGAAAGAGCAUAAUUAGCACAAUCCUCCAGGAUUUUUUCUCAAAGCUUCCCAAAAAUUAGUUAAAAAAUUUAAAAAAGGCUUAAAAAUCCAUAUUUACAAUAAUUUGGAGCUGUUUUUAAUUCUGAUUUUUAUGAAAACAAACUUUUGAACUGAAACUGAUUCAAAUAAAUCGAUUUUUUUCAAUUAAAAAAAUGCACAUUUUCAGAAUGAUCGAAUUCGAACGAAAAAGCACUGGAUUCUUUGGAAUCACCAAAGGAGAUCGUAAAAAACUAUUGGACACAAUUGUUCGUCAAUUGAAAAACCUAGAAAUUCAAUAA